AUGGCCGCCGAUUGGAUUCUCGGCCAACAGUCCAGAAGCUUCCAGGCGCUGCUGGCCGCUGGGCCGCUUGCUGCUGGGCUGCGUGUGCUGCUGGGCCCUGUGUGCUGCUGGGCCCUGUGUGCUGCUGUGCCGCGUGUGCUGCAGUGCCGCCUGUGCUGCUGGGGCCUGUGUGCUGCUGGGCCGUCUGCGCUGCUGGGCCGUCUGUGCUGCUGGGCCGUGUGUGCUGCUGGGCCGUGUGUGCUACUGACGCCGGGCCACUUGCUGCUGGGCUAUGUGCGCUGCUGGGACGUGUUUUGGGUUGCACCUGUGCGCUCUCGUGGCGUGUAG